AUGGAGUCAACAUCCCAGGACCCAAAGGCAACUCAUGUCAUCACUAUACAACCAAACGAAACCGUAUUGACUGCAUUUCCCUACAGACCUCAUAGCUCUCUGCUGGACUUUCUGAAAGGAGAGCCAAGAGUGUUGGGGGCUACCCAGAUCCUCCUUGCUCUAAUCAUUGUGGGCCUUGGAACAAUAUUUGUACUUAAUUACAUCCAUUUCUCUCAAAGACUUCCCCUUGUUCUCCUCUCAGGAUAUCCAUUUUGGGGAGCACUUAUUUUUAUGGUUACAGGGUACCUCACAGCAGUGGAAGAGAAAUCAAAAACUCAGGGUCAAGUUGUCAUGGCCAUGAAUAUUAUCAGUUCCUUGGUUGCGAUAACUGGGAUUACUUUCACCAUGCUCAGCUACAGACAUCAAGACAAAUACUGCCAGACACCUUCCCUUGAAGAAAUAUGUGUUUUAGGUAGAACUCUUUUCAUUGGAAUUUUGUCAAUCUUACUGAUCAUCAGCAUAGCAGAGCUCAGCAUCUCUGUGACUAUUGCAUCCUUUAGAAGCAAGUGCUGGAUGCAGUCAGAUGAGGUUCUGUUUUUCUUGCCUUCGGAUGUUACUCAAAAUGGUGAACAACCUGCCCCAGAAGAAAAUGCUCAAUUACAAUUUGUGCUUCAAGAAGAGUUUUCCAGUGAUGAUUCAACAACAUAUGCACAGUCUGUUUUCUUUGGAGGCUAUGCUUUUUUCAAGUUAAGACUCUCUAGAAGUCCUUUAGUCUCCCAACCAGAUAAUAAAGAUAGGAGAUCUGUGACAGAUGAACAAAAGCAAAGUAUCUUUUCAUCUCCCAAAUUUUCAGAGGAAGAAAUUGAACUGAAAUCUGUGCCUCCCAUAUUAGAGAAAAAGCCCUCAGAAAAUAUUAUGCCCAUUCAGCCAGACUCUACAUUUAAACAAAUGACAGAUGAAGAUCUACAAUCUGCUAUGGUACAACCCUCCCAAAUGGAAACCCAGUCUACAUCAUCUGAUGUCAAACAGUCUUAUAAUCUGACAGCUGAUGACCUGUCCCCUCAAGGCAUACUAUCCCAAGAUAUGCUGCUUCAUGACAUGGCAUCACAAGACAUGCAAUCCCUAUCUAUACUAUCUCAAGACACACCAUCCCACAAUGUGUCACCCCAAGACAUAACUUCCCAAGACGUGCUAUCCCAAGCUGUAUCAAAACAAGUCAUAUUACCUGAAGCCUCAACAUCCCAUAUUGUAGAGGUCCCUAAAAUACAACACCUACUUCAACAACCCCCAGAUCGUCAACUAGAAAACAUUCACCCUCAAAAUCAGCAAAAUUUACAAAUGUCAUAUCAAAAUAUUAGAUCAGAAGUUAUGGAAGAAACCAAAGAAUGGAAAGCUGAGGAGGAACUCCAUAGUAGAAAAUCCUCAAGACGGCAUUCCUUAAACCAGCAAACUAAAAGCUUGCAAUACGUAAGGAGAUAUUCCUUAGACGUGCAAACCAAAGGCCAGAAAUCCCCAAAGGGGCAUUCCUUAGAUCAGCAAAGCAAAGGCUGGAAAUCUCCAAGGCGGAAAUCCUUAGACCAGCAAAUCAAAGACUGGCUAUUCCCAAAGAGGCACUACGUAGAUAAGCAAACUCAGUUUAAUCAAACCACAGAGCAACUCCCGGAUCAGCAAGCUGAAGAUCAGCAAGCCAAAGGGGAACGAUACCCAGAAGGACAAUCUAAAGAUGAGCAAGUUAAAGACCAGCAGACUAAGAAGGAGCAACACUCAAAGAAGCAAGCUGAAGACCAGCAGGCCCAAGAGAAGAAAUCCCCAAAAGAAUGGUCCCAAAGUGUUCAACCCGAAGGACAGCAAGCUCAAGUGGAGAAAAUGCCAAAGCAGUUAUGCCAAGAUUCAGAAUCCCAAAUACAGCAAUACCAAUUCUGGCAAUACCACAAAAGCAAUCUACGGACUGGACAACCCAAGACUGUCAAUCCAAUGACUGGAGAACUCAAGGCUGGAGAGACAAAGAUUACAAAGCACGAGAGUGGCAAUUUGCCAUGCAGCACUGGCAAACACAAGAUCUAUUAG